GCUGGGAGCGCGCUCUCCGCCAACCUGCCCCGGCCCUCUCGCGCUGCGUGGUCUCCCAGACCAGGACUGUCCCGGUCCUGAUAUGGCUUGUGGACAGCAGAUUCAGUCUCAGCAGAAAAAUGCCAAGAAGCAAGCUGGACAAAAGAAGAAACAAAGACAUGACCAAAAGGCUGCUGCCAAAGCUGCCUUAAUAUACACCUGCACUGUCUGCAGGACACAAAUGCCAGACCCUAAGACCUUCAAGCAGCACUUGGAGAGCAAACAUCCUAAGACUCCGCUUCCUCCAGAAUUGGCUGAUGUUCAGGCUUAAAGUUGUUUACAGGCGAAUUUGUGACACCUCUGACUCUUCUGCUGUCUCAGGCCCUAGGUAACAAACCUGCAGCU